AUGUCUUCCCAGGGUCGGGGCCCCAUUGUUGGAUUUUACGGGAUGCUUUGCGUCUGGGCUGCCUGGCUUUCAGGCUCGGGGGCGGUGUUGUCUCCAAACGGGACGAUAUUUGAAGAUAAGUGCAAGAAAACCUCAACUUGUGAGGCACUUAAAUACAACACAUGUCUGGGAUCGCCUUUACCGUACACGCAUACUUCCCUGAUCCUGGCAGAGGACUCCAGCACCCAAGAAGAGGCUUUUGAGAAGCUGACCAUGUGGUCCGGUCUGCGGAACGCUCCUCGCUGUUGGUCGGUCAUCCAGCCUUUGCUCUGUGCCGUCUACAUGCCCAAAUGUGAGAACGGUCGAGUCGAGCUGCCCAGCCAGAGCCUGUGUUUGGCUACACGUCGACCAUGUAGCAUCGUGGACCAGGAGAGAGGAUGGCCCAGUUUCCUCAAAUGUGACAAAUUCCCUGUGGGCUGUUCGAAUGAGGUGCAGAAGCUGAAGUUCAACAUGUCUGGCCAGUGUGAAGCUCCCCUGGUGAAGACAGACAUUCAGUCCAGUUGGUACAAGGAUGUGGAGGGCUGCGGAAUCCAGUGUGACAACCCUCUGUUCACUGAGGAGGAGCACAACGACAUGCACGCCUACAUCGCUUACUUCGGCACCAUCACCCUCCUCUGUACCUUCUUCACCUUGGCCACGUUUCUUGCUGACUGGAAGAACUCCAACCGCUACCCAGCCGUCAUUCUCUUCUACAUCAACGCCUGUUUCUUUGUGGGCAGUAUCGGCUGGCUGGCCCAGUUCCUGGAUGGAGCACGCGACGAGAUUGUGUGCAAGAGCGACAACACCAUGCGACUCGGGGAGCCAUCGUCUUCAGAGACACUGUCAUGCGUCACCAUCUUCAUCAUCGUGUACUACUCCCUGAUGUCGGGUGUGAUUUGGUUCGUCAUGCUGACCUACGCCUGGCACACUUCCUUCAAAGCCCUCGGCACCACCCAUCAGCCCCUGUCUGGCAGAACCUCCUACUUCCACAUGGUGACCUGGUCCGUCCCCUUUGUCCUCACUGUGGCCAUCCUGGCUAUCGCUGAGGUGGAUGGAGACUCAGUGAGUGGGAUCUGUUUUGUAGGCUACAAAAACUACAGAUACCGUGCUGGGUUUGUGCUGGCCCCCAUUGGAGUGGUGCUUGUUGUCGGCGGCUACUUCCUCAUUCGAGGUGUCAUGACUUUGUUUUCCAUUAAGAGUAACCACCCAGGACUUCUGAGUGAAAAAGCAGCCAGCAAAAUCAACGAGACGAUGCUGAGACUUGGUAUAUUUGGAUUCCUGGCUUUUGGCUUUGUUUUCAUCACCUUUGGCUGCCACUUCUACGAUUUCUUCAACCAGGCUGAGUGGGAGAGGAGCUUCAGAGAAUAUGUGCUGUGUGAAGCCAACGUGACAAUCGCCUCUCAGACCAACAAGCCAAUCCCAGAAUGCACCAUUAAGAACCGGCCCAGCCUGAUGGUGGAGAAAAUCAACCUGUUCUCUAUGUUUGGGACGGGAAUUGCCAUGAGUACCUGGGUCUGGACCAAGGCCACCAUCCUCAUCUGGAAACGGAGCUGGUGCAAGAUUAUUGGUCGUAGUGACAAUGAGCCCAAGAGGAUCAAGAAGAGCAAGAUGAUUGCCAAGGCAUUUGCACUGAGGAAGGAGCUUCACAAGGACCCCGAAAAGGAGCUGUCCUUCAGCAUGCACACCGUGUCCCACGAUGGACCAGUGGCUGGAAUCAAUUUUGAAAUAAAUGAACCAUCGAACGAUGUGUCAUCAGCUUGGGCGCAGCAUGUGACUAAGAUGGUGGCCCGCCGAGGUGCCAUCCUGCCUCAGGACAUCUCUGUUACUCCUACUGGUACUCCAGUGCCACCUCCGGAGGAGAGGAACAGGCUGUGGAUGGUGGAGGCUGAGAUUUCACCAGAGAUGAUAAAGAGGAAAAAGAAGAAAAAGAAGAGGAAGAAGGAGGUGCGUCCAAUGGAGGAGGCGGUGGACCACCAGGCUAAUCGCCAGCGGGAGUUUGGUCGCAGCUCUGUGCCUCGUCUGCCCAAACUGCCGUGCCACACCAGUCUGGUCGCUAAUCUGCAAGAACAGCAAAGGCAGCAGCAGAAGCUGGAGGAGGAAGUCUUGCCAGGGUCCUACCUAGAAUCCCUACCCUCCCACCCCCUGUCCUGUGAGGAGAGAUGUUCCUACCAGCCCUACCAAAGCAGUCACAACAGCUAUGGUCGCAGCCUGCUCUCUAACCCUCUAACCUUCAAUGACCGCCCAGAGGAUCUAGGUCUCGGCCCACGCUGCCUCCCCUCUGCCUCCACUUGGCAGCCCAGGGGAUCUUCCCGCUACCCUGGGGAGAUGAAUCUCCCCGAUGGGCUGUCAGAGAGGUUUGCUCGGGUACCGGCAGGCCGAAGGGCUGGCUACGGACCCAUUCACUCCCGGACCAAUUUAAUGGAAGCGGAGCUUAUGGAUGCUGACUCUGACUUCUAAGAGAAAUAGCUACAAUAUAUUGAAAAAGUGCUGGAUGCUUUAAAAAUUCUUACUAAAGUGCACCUAAUUCCCAAUGCCCAGAGGUCAAGACGGAACUAAGCUGUUCGGUUAAUUUUUUAUUUAAAAAAAACAAAGGGAUAAAGUAAAAAAAAAAAUGUUGUGAAUAAGUUAAUGAAAAAAUAUUUUUUAUACUCUGUGUCAAUACAAUUUCAAAGGUAACUCCAUGACGACAAGAGAAUUGAGGCAGCUAAACUUUAUGUAGCUUGAAACAGAUAUCUUUAUUUUGACAGCCCUAAGCAUUCAUCAGCUAGGAUCCGCCUAGCCCUGUUUGUGACAACAUUUAACUCUUAAUGCAGCAGGGUGAGUCAGGGUAUCACGGAUGAAUUGUUGAUUGCGACAGUAAACUCGUCUUUGAAAUUACCUGUAAGGAAGUUUGAAGAUGAAGGCAGUCAAUAAAACUUUUGAAAGUCUAUUAUAUUCUCAACCUUCUAGUGACAGCUUGUGUAUUAUUAUUUUUACUACCCCAGCAGGGCAGUA